AUGUGUGGAGGAGCAAUAAUCUCCGAUUUCAUCCCUCCGCCGAGUUCCCGCCGCGUCACGAGCGAGUUCCUCUGGCCGGAUCUGAAGAAGAAGAACAAAGGGAAAGCUUCGAUUAAGAGAUCGAAAUCGAGUUUCUUCGAUCUGGACGAUGAAUUCGAGGCUGAUUUUCUAGGGUUUGAUGAUGAUGACGCGUCUUUUGACUGCGAAGACGAUUUCGAUGUCGAUGAUGAUGACGAUGAUGUCUUCGUUAAAGUUAAGCCCUUUGUCUUCACCGCGACCACCAAGCCCGUAGCUUUCGCCUCCACUGGUUCAGUUUCUAGCAAGAAGACCAUAGAGUCCGGUGGGCAAGCUGAGAAAUCUGCUAAGAGAAAGAGAAAGAAUCAGUACAGGGGGAUUAGGCAGCGUCCUUGGGGGAAAUGGGCUGCUGAGAUUCGUGAUCCAAGAAAAGGCUCCAGGGAAUGGCUUGGAACGUUCGACACUGCUGAGGAGGCAGCAAGAGCUUAUGAUGCAGCUGCACGUAGAAUCCGUGGUAGUAAAGCUAAGGUGAAUUUCCCAGAGGAGAACAACAACAACGUCUCCCAGAAACGCACUUCUGCUAAGAAGCCAGUGGCUAAACCAAACCAGAUUCCGACUAUGGUUCAGCAGCCAACGAAUAAUCUGAGUCAGUACUGUAACAACUCUUUUAAUGAUGUGAGUUUCAUGGAAGAGAAGCCUCAGAUGUAUAACAAUCAGUUUGGUAACAAUGGAUACCAGUAUUUCAGUUCUGAUCAGGGUAGUAACUCAUUAGACUGCUCUGAGUUUGGGUGGAGUGAUCACGGUCCUAAGACGCCUGAGAUCUCUUCAAUGGUAGUCAGUAAUAACCAAGCUCUGUUCACUGAAGAAACCAAUGCGGCCAAGAAGCUCAAACUCAGCUCUGAUGAUCAGUCUGAUGAUCUGAUGGCAUACCUUGACAAUGCCUUGUGGGAAUCUCCAUCUCCAUUAGAAGUGGAAGCCAUGCUGGGUGUAGAUGCUGCCGCUGUGACUCAGGGAGAGGAGAACCAGAUGGACCUGUGGAGCUUAGAUGAUAUCAAUUACAUGCUGGAAGGAGUCUUCUGA